AUGGAGCUCUUCAGCUGGCUCUUGGCCCUGGCGGCGCCCAUUGCGGCCAUCGACGCAGCAUUGAUCAAACACGACGGCAAAGCUCAUGUGCACCCCAGGCCACGUCAAGCCGAGCCCAACUCACCGGUUGAAGGGGUGGGAGUCCUGGGGACGCCAGUGGUCGCCCUGUCGUCGUCUUUACACACUUACGCGUCGUCCAGUGCACCGGUAGUCACGAUAUCAUCCUACCAAUUUCCCACCACGGUCAUGCAGAUCCCUGUUGCCACUGUGUGCCCCGAUACACCGGCGUCGUCUGCCGCUUUCUCCAUUCUCCCUCUCUCCUGGUCCUCUCGGACUUCGGCUUCUACCUCUACUCCUACCGCGGCCGGCGCGUCCCCCAGUGCUUCCGACCACCUUCCCGUCCAGGUCAAUGCCACGGUCCUCUUGCCGAAUGGAAUUGCGAGAGUUUUUACGUCCACCAGGGCCUCUUCGUCAUCGUCGUUGGUCGUCUUCGCUUCAAGGCCGGCGGAAACGGACACGGACACGGACGCGGACGGAUUUGCAGGAAUAGAGACGGCCAGGAUCGUGAUGGACAGCAACGGCUGUCAAACGGUGUACAGCGCUAUAACAACGACCUGGUGCAGCACCACGAUCCAACCGGCUGGCAUGCUCCCUGUCUUCGUCUCCGACUGUGAUCAAUGGGUGACGUUUUCAAGCGACCGGCUGGAUGGUGGGUGCUCCUCCACUUCCACCUCCACCUCCACCACACCGGGUACGGUGUCGAUAUCUGGACGAAUGGGGGCUUCAAGCACCCCAUCUACUUUGACGUCAGAUUCAAUACCAGAUUCAGCACCACCCGGUGUGACGGGACCAGUGGCCUUCUACGCCGCACACUGGUACGAGUUGGUUCAAAGACCAAUCCCGAAUCUGGUCCAGGUUCAGGAGUGUCUAGUCGAUUUCGAAUCGGAGUCCUGCAUGACUUCGAGUGAGCGCUGGGAUGUGGUGACAUGGACGAGCACAAGCACGGGAACCACUGUGGCUUCAUUUUCCGGGGCGGCCAUCAUCACAUCCGGACCCUACACGGCCACGACGACUGUCUCGUUCGACUCCACCCUGACCACCACCAGCCUGGUCAGGGCGUCAUCCAUCGUGCGCACUCGGCUAGAAGUAAAAGGAGCCGCGGCAAGCUCGACUGCUACUGCUGCGCCAGAAAACACAGUCACCGUCGCCGUGACCAUGCCUACUACCAGGACGCUGGAGCUCGAGUCGAUUCCAACUUCGACCGUCACAGUCACUGUGCGACACACCUCGACGGUGGAAGUCAUGCAGACCAGGACGCGGAGCGUGUCGGCAUGA